CUGUGAAAUUCAGCUUCUCCAGUAAUUUCCUGGUCGACCAUGAUGAAGUUGCUCAAUGGAAAAAAAAGGAUAUUUCACAACACUAGUUAUUGCAAAAAACUAAAGAGAAAAUACACAUAAAUACAUCAUCAAAAUCUUUAAUUCUCAGAUGGAACCCAGGUAACACUGUUCUUAUUAUUAUUUCAUUUUGUAUAAUUUAACAAAAGGCAAGGCCACCAAGCCUGUCAUUUGCCUCUCGGAAGUCUGCAGUGCUUCGUGUCUUUUGAGGAGGUCAUGAUUCAACAAGUGUUACAAGUCUGACCUUUAUCUACCUCAGUCCAUGACCUUGCUUCCCUCAAUGUUUUGCACCUCAAGCCAGGUCAGGUUCAGCACAGGCUUUCAUUACGGCGGAAGGACAAGGUCAGAAACAAGCAUAUCUGAGGGACAGCUCAUGGAGAGGUUUGGGGACAAAGUCAUGGAGGCCAGACUCAAGUGGUUUGGACAGGUGGAAAGGAGACAGUGGUUAUGCAGAGGAUACUGGAGAUGGAGAUUUAUCGACUACUAAUGGACACGCGAGCCCUGAAAAAUCCCUAUCGUGAUUAUGAUGGCAGCUCGGCGCUCACGCAGCCGCUGUUUGACAGCCAGGGAAAGCUCACUCCGGAGUUCACCCAGAGGCUGAGCAGCAAAGUCAGCGAGCUGGUCGGGAUGAUGGAACGAGGGCUGGUGACGGCUGAUCCAAGAGACUGCACCACUUACACGGGCUUGGCAGGCAUUGCUCUUCUCUACCUUCAUCUUCACAAUGUUUUCAAGGAGGCAUCGUUCAUUCAAAAGGCUCUGGACUACGUAACGCGCAGCCUGAAAUGUUUGACUCGCCGCCACGACGUUACCUUCCUGUGUGGAGAUGCUGGCCCACUGGCUGUCGCCGUCGUUGUAUACCAUAGACUGCAGAGGCCUGGAGAGGCAGACGAGUGCAUCAACAGACUGAUGCAGUACCACCAGGCUGUGGUGAAAGGUUCCGGCGAUCUGCCAGAUGAGAUGCUCUAUGGUAGAAUGGGCUUCCUCUACUCACUCGUCUUCAUCAACCAACAGCUUGGCCAAGACAGAAUCCCACUGCAGCACAUCCAGCAGAUCAGUGCGGCGGUGCUGGAGUCUGGAGAACGUUACAGCCGGAAGGCUCGUGUCCAGAAUCAGAGCCCCCUGAUGUACGAGUGGUACCGGGAGCAGUAUGUGGGUGCAGCACACGGACUAGCUGGCAUUUACUACUUCCUUAUGCAGCCAGGCUUCACCCCUGUGGAAGAGAGCAUCCACCGCCUCGUGAAGCCCAGCGUGGAUUUUGUCUCCAGGCUGAAGUUCUCUUCAGGGAACUAUCCUCCGUGUGUUGGAGACGACCGCGACCUGCUGGUGCACUGGUGCCACGGGUCUCCAGGAGUGGUGUACAUGCUUCUUCAAGCCUACAAAGUGUUUGGCGUCCCAGAGUAUCUGAAUGAUGCUCUCAAGUGUGGAGAGGUGGUGUGGAAAUGGGGUCUUCUUAAGAAGGGCUACGGGCUUUGCCAUGGAGCAGCGGGAAAUGCCUACACCUUCCUUGCUCUGUACCGGCAAACCAACGACCUCAAGCACCUCUACAGAGCCUGCAUGUUUGCAGACUGGUGCAUGAACUAUGGACAACAUGGAUGCCGGACACCCGACACCCCCUUCUCACUGUUCGAAGGCAUGGCGGGAACCAUCUACUUCCUGGCUGACCUCCUGCAGCCCAUGGACUCCAGAUUCCCUGCAUUUGAGGUGUAAAGACCUCAGCAGGUAGUUGUCUUCACAUCACUUCCUCUUUGCAUGGUUCAACAUGGAAAUGCCACUGGUGGGAAUUAGCUUGCUUUUAUUUUGUUUAUUUUCACAAAUCUAUAAAGAAACGGAGGCUUUAGACAUAAAAUCCCAUCACAAAAUGAACCAAGGUAGUCACCUCUCAUACAAAUAAAAUUGUAUAUGUUUGUAUAUAUUAAGUUAUAUUCAUGUAAAAUGUACACCCCACGAGACUGUUCUGGUCUCAACUGAUCACAGACCAGUUUGUUCAUUAAAACCAAAGUGACUCAGAUGUCAUCUUGGUAGUAGGUUGCUGUGUUUUAGCCGGCAUCUUGCUAACACUGCAGAUAACUCUCACAUGGGGAAGCAUGUUAGAGCCCCUUGAACACUCGCAGUAUGCCAGCUUUUAUGUCAUGAGGGUAAGCUGUGUUUAUAGGACACACUGUGUUUAAAAACAGUCAUCAGCUGUUGUUCCUGAAACAAAACAUGUUUUGCUUUCAGCUUUGUUUUCUUCCCUUAACCUUUGACCCUAUCCUCUGCACUAUUCCGAAAUAAACUUUUGAAGCUGCUUUAGUUUUUGUUUGAAAUACCUGUGAGUGAACUUGUCAAAUGUCACCAUUUGUGCAAAGGUCAGCUGCAAUUUAAGCAAUAAUAAAAAUG